AUGGAAAAGGAAUUACAGAAAACAGAAACAUACAAUGUCACUGAGAAGCGUCUCGUAGACGAUUUAGAGAAACAGGAUAUUGGUGAUGACACUAUAUUUGAAUCCGAAAAAGACUCAGUUUCUGAGGACAAACAACAACGGAAACUUAAUCAAAUAACCUAUAAGACAUGUCCUUAUUUUUUUAGCAUCUUCCAACCAUUCAAUUUUUGUUAUUUGGUUUUUAACAAUUAUUUUUACCAGUUCUUCCUUUUCAAACCCCAUGAUAUUCCAACGAUGUUGAUUCUGUUUCUUUUGACGGUCGUAUUGGUAUUCUUGGAAAAUGUCAGUUGUAUUUGGAGAAUGUUUACGAAACGAACAGUCAUUAAGCACACUUUAACAUGUGUGAUAGUGAUGGCUUUCAUUUUGAAAAUGGUUGUCGUAACAUCAGCUAUAGCUCCGUUUGUGAGACAAAUUCCAUGGGGUGAGUUGUACGAAAGGGUUCAAAGCUUUUUAAAAAACUAG